AUGGGAGUUUUAAAUAGUAUUAUUCUUUUACUUUUAUUUAUAAUAUGUCAAAAUAAAAAUUUAGUUAAUUCACAAAAUCAACUCAUUGAAUCAGAGUGUAAUAGAAAAUUAAUAAUCUCAACAAUCCUUUUCAUUUGUAAAAAGAUAAUUGCUUCUAAAGAGCACCCAUUGGAUACAACAUUCAAUGGAUAUAGUUUUUGUAGUGCUGUAGCACUUGAUCCAUAUAACCAUUUCAUAUGUAAUAACAAGGGAGCUGUUUGUUACUUUUCUCACCUAGGUGGGAAAAAGUCACGUGGUGAGUUUUUAAUGUCGAUUGAAAAACUCAUAAACAUAAUUUUAAAUCUCAAAUAUAAUAAUAAUAUAGAUUUAUUUAAAGUUGAAAAUAAUUUUUUAAUAGGAAAAUUUCCAAAUACUUUAACAUGUAUGUCAUUAUUUAUUGGUAAUUCAUCAUUAUUUGAUGUGGAAAUUGGGUUCAAUAAAAUUAUACAAGUAGAAUCAUUAAGUUUAUUAUUGUACCUUUCUGGACCACUAAAUAUAUAUUUCUCAAGUUUUUUAAAUGUUCAAAAAUUUCAGUUGAAAAACCAAACUCAAAAACCAAAAUAUAAAAUAAAUUUUAUAAAUGACUUGAAUGAUACCACGACUGCCAUUUUCAAUAUUUAUAACAUAUAUUCUCAUAAUAUACCAUCAGUGAAAAACAUUAAUUUAUCUAUUUUGUUUGUAUUUACAAAUUUUUUUUUUUUUUAUUAUUUUUUAUAUAUAUAUUUUUUUUUUUUUUUUUUUUUUUACCCAAUUCAACUCACACUUUUAGGUGGAGCUGAUAUAUAUUCAUUUUCAAUUUUUUCAAAAUUUUCAAAUGUAAUUGCAUUUUCAAUAACACCUUCAGACAAAACUCAAAUAUAUCCCUUCCCUAUUGCUUUAAGUGAAAUACCAGCUGAAAUAAAAAUACUGGUCUUUCAGGUAAAUUAUUCAAUAUUGAUGGUGAUUUUCCAUUUUCUGGAUUACCAAAAAAUUUGUUUUUACUGUAAAUAUAUUCAACCAAUUGUAAAAAGUGAAUUUAAGAAUGGAAAUUUAGGUAAAUUUAAAAAUAUUAAUGAAAAAUUGACAAAUAUUAAAUAUAUAAAAUUUCAAAACAAUAGUAUUAAAACUCCAUUACCAAGUUAA